GCUUUCAGAUUUUGCAAUUAUGUCUUAAAUAUUUAACUUAUGACCCUAACUACAACUACGAAGCUGAUGACGUUGAGUGUAAUAUUGCUAUGGAUACGGAGGAAGACGAUUAUGAUGACAGCGAGGAAUAUAGCGAUGAUGAUGACAUGAGUUGGAAAGUACGUAGGGCCGCUGCUAAGUGUUUGGAAUCUAUAAUUACCACUAGACAUGAUAUGUUGGAUGACUUUUAUCGUGAUUUGAGUCCAUCAUUAAUUUCACGAUUUAAGGAACGUGAGGAAAAUGUCAAAUCAGAUAUUUUUCACGCUUACAUUGCUUUACUUAAGAAUACGCGUUCAAUCGAGAUUUCUCAAGACCCAGAUUCCAUGGAGCAGAUACCAUCGCAUGUAUCAAAUUUAAUGGAACAAAUUCCAUCUAUUAUAAAAGCGAUAUAUCCCUUGAUGAAAGAAAAGUCUAUGAAAACGCGGCAAGAUUGCUUCCUCCUCCUGCGCGAGCUUUUAAAUGCAGUACCUGGUGCGUUGGGGCCACAUCUAAACAGCAUUGUUCCAGGGAUACAUUUUUCGUUAAGUGAUAAAAACUCUACAAGCAAUAUGAAAAUUGAAGCUCUCUCCUUUAUGUCAUCUUUGCUACAGGCACAUCAGCCAUAUGUAUUCGCACCGUAUAUUCCAGUUAUGGUCCCCUUAGUAAUAACUGCAGUGUUUGAUCCCUUUUACAAAAUUGCUACUGAAGGAUUAAUUGUCCUUCAGCAGUUGGUGCAAGUCAUUCGCCCUCUUGAUAAUGGUGCUAUUUCAAGUAAUAUGUUUGAUAUAACAACAGUCGCAAACCAAGUGUAUUCAGCCACACUCCAGAAAUUAAAAACUACCGACGCCGAUCAAGAGGUAAAAGAAAGAGCGAUUGCUUGCAUGGGACAGAUAAUUGCUAAUAUGGGCGAUAUUUUACAACCGCAACUAGAUACUUGUUUGCCAAUAUUUUUAGAACGCCUGAAGAAUGAGAUUACCCGUCUAAGUUGUGUGAAAUCAUUGACUCUGAUUGCUGGGUCUCCACUACGCAUCGACUUAACGCCUAUAUUGAACGAAGUAAUGCCAGCACUUGGAACGUUUUUACGUAAAAACCAGCGCGCUUUAAAACUACAUUCAUUGGAUUUACUAAAUAAGCUUGCUGAUAAUUAUCCAUUGGAUAUAUUUGGACCACCAUUGUUGCAAACAGCUAUUUCUGAAAUUCAACCACUUAUAUCAGAUUCGGACUUACACGUUGCACAAUACUCAUUGAUAUUAUUAACAACUACAGCCCGAAAACAUCCAAAAGCUUUGGUCGGUAUACAUGAUCUGUUUUUGCCGGCUGUUCUUCAGCUGCUGCGUUCUCCACUGUUACAGGGUUCAGCACUUAUAUGUACUCAUGAUUUAUUCCAAUCUCUGGUACAAACAAAUCUUCCAGGACUUGAUUAUCAUUCAUUACUUAAAAAAUUAAUGGAACCUGUUAUUGCUCCUUCAUCUGCGGCUUCGGAUCAACUUCAUAAACAGGCCUAUCAUUCCCUUGCCAAGUGUGUUGCCGCGCUUACACAGCAGUGCCCCAACGAAGCUAUACCUCUGGCAACGCAAUUACUACAAGAUUUACAAAAGCCAAGUUUAAUUCCCGACUCUCAACUUGUAUUUAGUUUAUUAGCCAUUGGUGAAAUAGGAAGGCACUUUUCAUUAAGCACAAUUCCAGCACUGCCUCAAACGAUAAUAGAGUGUUUUAGCGCCGGUUCUGAAGAUGUUAAGGCUGCUGCAAGUCAUGCUCUGGGAGCUAUUGCCGUAGGUAGCUUAGAUACAUUUUUGCCGUUAAUUCUGAACGAAAUCGAAGCACAACCAAGGCGACAAUAUUUGCUUCUCCACUCAUUGAAGGAAGUAAUAUCUUCUCUCUCUGUUACACCGAAUGGAUUAUCACAAUUACUUCCAUCGGUACCAUCUAUCUGGGAACAGUUGUUUAAGCAUUGCGAAUGUCCAGAAGAAGGAUCACGUAAUGUAGUUGCCGAGUGCCUAGGCAAAUUAGUUCUUGUUAAUCCUGAAGAACUUUUGCCCAGGUUACAAGAAGCUCUAAAAUCAGAGAGUCCAUUAAUGAGAACCGUUGUAGUUUCAGCAGUUAAGUUCACAAUUUCUGAUCAACCACAACAAAUCGAUUUGCUUUUGAAGCAAAAUAUAGGAAAAUUCCUUUUCUUACUUAGAGAUCCGGAACCUUCAGUUCGUCGUGUAGCGUUAGUAGCUUUUAAUUCUGCAGUUCACAAUAAACCAAGCCUUGUACGAGAUCUAUUGCCAACCCUAUUACCAUGGCUAUAUUCGGAGACUAAAGUUAAAAAUGAACUAAUACGCGAAGUUGAAAUGGGACCAUUUAAACAUACGGUGGAUGAUGGCUUAGACAUUCGUAAAGCAGCCUUUGAAUGUAUGUAUACUCUUCUGGAGCAGGGCUUGGAACGAGUAGAUGUUAUGCAGUUUUUAGAUCAUGUCCAAGCUGGUCUUUGUGAUCAUUAUGACAUAAAAAUGUUAACGUAUUUAAUGACCGCUAGGUUAGCUGUUGUGUGCCCUGAUGCUGUUAUUUUACGACUAGAUCAAUUUAUACAACAAUUACGGGAUACAUGCACACACAAGGUGAAGGCUAAUUCCGUGAAACAGGAAUAUGAAAAACAAGAUGAGCUAAAACGUUCUGCUCUACGUGCUGUGUGGGCGCUGUCAAAAAUACCAAAAGCAGAAAAAAAUCAGCAACUGACAGAUUUUCUUAAAUCAAUAAAAGAGUCUCCAGAGCUGAGUAAAAUAUACGAAUACGUUCAGAAGGACUCUCUUUCCAAUAACAUGGAUUUCUCAAUGGAUGAAAGCUAA